UACCAAGCCUGUUGUCAAGCUGAAAUGACGCGUUCUCCAUGGUUUCAACUAACUGCGCUUGCGCACAAGAGAUUUAGCAUCAUGGCGGCGUUGUUACAAACAUAUGAGUUGAUUUUUGGCGUUUGAAAGACUUCAACAGUAAAAACAUAAGCGAACAUGCAUAGUGACAAGAAAAUAACCAUGGAAGACACAUGGAGACCAGCUGAUCUGAGAAGACACGUCAGGGAGGAAGGACUAGGUGAUGACUAUGUUAGGAAGCGAGAUGUCAAUGAGAGAAAGCACCGUGCUGGUGAAUCUAUAGAAAGACGCCGCAGAGACCCAGAGAAGGAGUCCAGACGAGAGAGAGACAAGCCCAGGGAUAGUACAAGGGAGAGAAGAGAUGCAGACAAAAAAGACAGAUAUGCAGAUCGCCUGAAAGAGGGUUCUCUGGAUAGGAGAGGUGUUAAGGAAAGGGAAAGCAGAGAUGACAGGGAUAGAGAGAAGAGAAGGGAAAGAGACAAGUUGGUAGACGGAAAGAGAUACGAUGAUGAUUACAAGAGGAAAGAAAGGGAGCAUGAAAAGGAGAGAGACAAGGAACGACAUAGAGAUAAAGAGACGGAAAGGAAUAGAGAAAGAGGCAACGAGGACGGCAAGGACAAAGGGAGGAAAGAGAGAGACAAGGAGAGACGGAGAGAAGAACGAGACAGAGAGCAUAGGACUGAGAGGGAGAGGCGGAGACACAAUGAAAGUGGAAAUGGAGAAAGAGAUCUAAUGGAAAAGCAGGAAAGAGAGAAGAAAGAUCGGCAUCGAGAGAGAGCGCGACCCCAAGAUGAAUAUGAAUUCAAGAGGAAUGACAUAGAAAGACAAGAGAGGCGUGCAGACAGUAAGCGUUUGGAAAUGAAGGAGGAAGGAGUGCACAAAGAAGAACAGAGAAGACAUGGAGAGGAGAAAGAAAGGAGAUCCAAUGAGAGAGGAUAUGAUGAAAAGCGGAGGCAUGACCGGGAACCCAGGGAGCAUCUAGACUUGAAGGGGUCAGGCAAAGAGGUCAAGUAUCAUGGGGGUGACACAGAUCGAGCAGAACGGGACAAACACAAAGAAAGACGGCACAAAGAGGAGGAGAAACCAGAAAGAAAUCAGAACAGAGAUGGGACAAAGUCCAAGAAAGCAGCGUCUAGCAAAAGUCAUAAACAUGAGACUAAAACUGAGGAUGUAGCAAAGGUAUCUGAGCACCAGACAGCUGGUGUGAACGAUAUAGGAGAAACAGAGGAGCUUGUUGCCAAUGAUGAAGAUUUGGCUGACCAGGAAUAUGAAGAUGACUUUGAGAAACUGGAUUAUGAGGAGGAUUUUGAAGAGAUGGAUGAGAGCGCAAGUGAAGAUUUCGACGAUGAGGAGCCACAGCCUCCACAGGUGGGUGAAGAGAGGGAGGAACUAACAGCACAAAAGAGAAAGGAAAUCCAAGCAAUUCAGAGAGCCAUGGAUGAAGAAAACGACAGAGUCGGAACCACUCAGUCCAGACAAAUUCCAAGCAAAAAGGAGGAGGAAAGGCCUAAAUGGUCCGGAGGGUCUGAAAAGAGCCAGAGUAGAGCCUCCCCGCGUGGGAAGUUUAUCGACUUUGUGGCCGCAAAGCAGCGUGAAGUCAGCAAGAAAGUUGCCACAAAACAGAAGAAACGCAGUACAGAGCUUCUUCGCUUAAUUGAUCUGGAUUUCUCAAUGACGGUCUCGUUGUUGGAUCUGCCACCUGUUAAUGAAUAUGACAUGUACAUCAGAACCUUUGGAACUGCAAACACUAAGCAGGCUUAUGUUCAGUGUAAUGAGGAUAAUGCAGACAGGGACAUCCAGACAGAGGAGAUAGAGGUGUGUGAGAAGUGGACGCAGCAUCCUCCAGAGCACAAUGGAGCCUGUGAGGAUCCAAACCUAACCCAGGAAGCACGAGACAAAAGGGAAAUGAACUUUGAUUCGCGGCGUCUGACAGCAUUUCUGCGCUCCGCCUCUCAGGUCAUGGUUGUGCUCUUGGAAGAGGAUCGGGCUGAGAGAAAAUCCCUGAGCAAGCCGAGGUCUCAGACCGACACGCUGUCUUUCAGCGAUGGAAGAUUACAGCUCAACACUAAGUUGUCUUUUCUUUAUGGUCGCCGCAUCAGCCUGGUGCACUUCUCUCAGGUCCAGAGGCACACCAUGAUGUCAGUCCACAGCCCUACAACGAAGCCCAGUGCUGUGCGUCUUGACACCUGCACCAUCAUCUGUAUCUGGAACAUUUGGGAGCCGUCCAGACCUCAAAAAGUCCUUGUUUACGAAUCUGAGGUUCAGUGUUGCUGCUUCAGCCCUGGAAAGGCCAUACUGGUGUUUGCAGGCACAUCAGUUGGCUCUGUGGUGCUGUGGGACCUGAGGGAGCACACUAGUGACCAUUUUAGUUUGAAGAUAGGGGAGGAUGAGUGGACUUUCCGACAGCCUACCUUCUCCACUGGUAGGUUACAAUUUAGACCUCAAUUCAGUUUUAAUACAAACAACAGCUGCUGCAGUGGCUGUGACACGCAGCUCAUGGAGACCAUGAAGGUGGUAGUGGAACUCCCAAAAGCCAACAAGGCAGGCUCUCCAACAGAUCUAGGGCUCAGGCCCGGCGGCAAAGUAAAGUUACUUCACAGCACCCAGCUCCUCACUGCUGAGAGGGUAUCGCCACGUGAUGCAGCGAAAACAGGGUUACAGACACUUAAUUUCAAAUUCCUUCCAACGGACUCCAAUCAUUUCUUUAUCGGCACCAACAUGGGUCUGGUCAAUCAUGAAACAAGUCACGGUUUGAAGGCUCCACCAAAGUUUUACAGGUUUCAGGAGGCCGGAGUCCGACCGGUGGAUGUCACCUCAAUCCACUUCUCUCCCUUCAGGCAACCAUUGUUCUUGGUGGGUUGUGGGGACGGCAGCAUCAGGCUGCAUGCAGUCAGUCAUGAGCAGCCUGUGGCAGAGUGGAAGAACAGUACAGCUGGUGAACCAGUGGUUUCACUGCAGUGGACCCAAACCAGACCAACAGUGUUCUGUGUGCUCGAUGCAGCCUCUAACCUCCACAUAUGGGACCUGCUGAAAAAUGACAGCGAGCCUGUGGUCACUGAAAGGAUGGACUCUGACAGGGUGACAGCCAUGGCUGUGUUUGGAGACUCGGGACAACAAAACACAUAUUCAGGAAUUGCACUGGCACACAAAUCCGGAAAUAUAGAAAUGCAGUAUUUCAAAAGACAUUUUACUGUGGCCAUUACUGCAGAAGAGGAGAAGUUGGAAAGUGUUAUGACGGCAGCCUUCUGAACCAAUGCAUCUUGUAUUUGGACUGAUGUGUGUGUUCAUUCAAAAAUAUUUACUAAAACUCUGGAAGAGCAUAAAGAUCAAUUUAUAAAUCUUUUUUUGUUACAGUCACUUUGUAUCUAUGUCAUAUUUAAUUUAAAGACUAUUUGUAGACAAGUAUACGUCAACAUAGCCAUUAGAAGAAUGUGGCAGAGUACCAAUUUUCCUCUACAGGGGCCACAAUAUCAAUAAAUAUCCUCCAUUAAAACUGUACAUUAUAAGAAACAUAUAUUGUAAAUGCGUGUUGAUAUAAAUAUUUGUAUUAACUUACUGAACUUAAUUUUUUAUACAAUAAACUGACUAUAUCCGUAUGUGUCCUCAACG